AUGCCUAUCACAAGAGAAUUCACCCCACCGGCCAACGCCCGGCUUCUCGAAUUGCCCGAGGGGCCCAACCCCAAGUUCUUUAUUGCAUUCGUGUCCUCUGAUGACCCCAUCACCUCCCAGCCUUGGUGUCCUGAUGUCCGCGCCGCGUUGCCCCAUAUCAACGCCGCUUUUGAGGCUGAGGAUGCGCACACCGUAGCUAUUGUCCCUGUUGGGCAGAAGCCAGAAUGGAGAGAUCCCAAGAACGUCUACCGCGCGGAUUGGAAUAUUCACAAUGUUCCUGCCCUGGUACGAUUUGAGCGCGUUGAUGGCGAAGUCAAGGCAACUGGAAAGUUGAUCGAGGGGGAGAUCUUAGAUCAGGCUAAGCUUGGUGCUUUUCUUGCUUGA